AUGACGUUCGCCAAUGGAGACGCGUACCAUGGCGAGUGGAAAGCUGACAAGAUGACGGGCGAAGGCUCGUACAUGUACGCGAACGGAGACAUCUUCAGCGGGAGGUUCGAAAGCGGCAUCCGCUCGGGCAAGGGCACGUACGAGUUCGCUGUGGACAAGAGCCUGUUCGUGGGUGAAUGGGCAGACAACACCAUCACGAACGGGAAGUGGGUGUUCAAGGAUGGCGGCUCCUACGUCGGCAGGUUCGAGAACGGGAACCCCAUUGGGAACUGCAUGCUCAAGUUCCCGAGCGGCCUCCAGCAGGAUGGCGAGUACGUCAAGGCCCAGACAACGAAUGAUGCUGGCGAGGACGUGACUGUCCACAAGUUCGUGGGCGGCAUGAUCGUCAAAGUACGUUAG